AUGAGCAAGUUAAGUAUCCCAAUACUAGUACUACUAUUUAUAGCCUCCUGCUGCUCAGCAGAGCAAUGCGGAACACAAGCUGGGGGUGCUUUAUGCCCCGGUGGAUUAUGCUGCAGCAAAUUCGGUUGGUGCGGUUCAACCCUCGAGUACUGCGGUGAUGGUUGCCAGAGUCAGUGUAGCGGAAGCAGCGGCGGCGGCACCCUUUCUAGCCUCAUCUCCAGUGACACCUUCAACAACAUGCUCAAACAUCGCAACGAUAAUGCUUGUCAGGGAAAAGGCUUUUACUCCUACGACGCUUUCCUCACAGCUGCAAAGGCUUUCCCCAACUUCGCCAAUAAUGGAGAUACCGCCACUAGAAAAAGAGAAAUCGCUGCUUUCUUAGGUCAAACUUCUCACGAAACCACCGGUGGAUGGCCAACUGCACCUGAUGGUCCCUACGCUUGGGGAUACUGCUUUCUCAGGGAACAGAAUCCCAGCGACUACUGCCAAGCCAGCUCUGAAUUUCCAUGUGCUUCUGGAAAACAAUACUACGGUAGAGGUCCCAUUCAGAUCUCAUGGAAUUACAACUACGGACAGUGUGGAAGAGCGAUUGGUGUUGACUUGCUCAAUAAUCCAGACCUCGUCGCUACUGAUCCUGUUAUAUCCUUCAAGACCGCUCUAUGGUUCUGGAUGACGCCUCAGUCACCUAAGCCAUCCUGCCACGACGUUAUCACCGGAGGAUGGAGUCCGUCGAGUGCAGAUCGUGCGGCGGGGAGACUUCCGGGAUACGGAACGGUGACGAACAUCAUAAACGGAGGACUUGAAUGCGGGAGAGGACAGGAUAGUAGAGUGCAGGAUCGGAUCGGGUUUUACAAGAGAUACUGUGACAUAUUUGGAAUUGGAUACGGAAAUAAUCUUGACUGUUAUUCCCAGAGGCCAUUUGGAUCUUCACUUUCAUUAUCAUCAAUCCUGCUCGACACCGUCGCAGCAGCCUAG